AGAACAAUUUGUUGAAAAUGAAUUCGAAAAGCAAUUCGCUUGAGGAGAAAGUGAAAUUGCCGCCGACGGAGACAAUAAGCCGCUGCUAUCAGCCGCAGCAGAGCAACCGUAAGGUCAUCCGCAUUCUAACGGUAGCCGUUUACGUCCUAUGCGUUUCCCUUGCUGCCAUUAUGCUAUCGCUAUACUAUAUAUUCAUAUGGGAUCCAACCAUACGUCCCUUUGUCACCAAGGCCAACCAGUGCGAUAAAAUUGUGAUACCCGAAAAGAUUGCCAUACGCCUAAUAAACUCAUCGGAAGUCAGCGCCGAGCAGUUUUACAAGCACAUACUCGAACAGUACCGCAUCCUAAAUCGUUUGCAGCUGCAACGCCAGCAGUUCCUUGCGAAGCAACAUCUACAGCUCCAGCAGCUGGAGGCGAGCAAUCGUUUCCAGGAGGUAUUUGCCACCGCCACCAUAAUACAGGCGCAUCCGCAUUCACGCGAACCCACGCUCAAGAAACCAACAGCAACACACAAUUUUAACUCGAACAAUACCGGCAGUGAUUCAGGCACCUAUCGCUUGGAUCAGCAGCAGCAGUUGUCGCCAUCGAAUGUGGUGCCACUGGUGCUGGACACAUCGCCCCCAUCGUCCGAUGGAUUGAUGCAUACAAAGCGAAAGAUUCAUCGCGGUCACUACAAGCACCAUCGAGCGCGACUCGGUAGUGCUGGUGUCCAAAAGAAGCAGCUACCAGCGGAACGCAGUACCGCACUACCGAGCAGCUACCCAGCAGCGUCCGAGCAACCAACGGCGCCAGCAGCAGCAGCACCACACGGCUAUAUGGACACACCCCUGAAUCCAGCAGCUGGCACCAUAGUGCAGCAACCGUUACAACUGUACACCUCCAUGCCCAUACCGCUAAUACUCAGUCCGAGCAAUAGCGAGAAGCGACCCUCGCAUCACAUUCACACUCAUUCCCAUGGCGAUCGUCGGGGCGGUGCUGGUGGUGGUGGUGGUUUUGGUGGUGGUCAGGCUCGUCGUCGCACCACUACGGCUAGCGUCUCUGGCUACGAUGCCCAGACAUAUCUCAAUCCAUUCCUCACCGGCGAGCUAAUCUUCGAGAAGUAAGCGGCGACAACUGGUUGCAAAUGCAAAUGUUUUUCCCCCAUUUUGUACACACAACAUCAAAGAAACGUUGAUUAGCUGAAUAGUUGUUGGCCAAAAGUCAAAAAACAGUUUACUUUAAGGUCGCAAAAUCUGGCGACUCUAACUCUGUCAUCAUAUCUCCGUACUCCGUACUACUUCUACUAUAAUCCCCAAAUAGAAACUUGCACACGGCAAUUGCAUCACAUAAAUACGAGUAUAUAUCAGAGAUGUAGGUAUAAAUGCCGGAUUCCAUUGUGCUAUAUAUAUAUAUAUAUAGUAUUUGGUAUUUCCCUAGUUCGUUAUGAAGCUCAUGGUGGUCCCAGUUAGAGCUCUUCAAGCGGCAGCAAACAUUCUUUAGUUGGAUGUUCCAAAGUUACACGAAUAGAAUGUUAUUCGCUGAUGUUCCUGCUAAAGUUCAUGUUAGCCGACAUUAGAGUAAAUUUCGUUUUGUUAUUUUAACAAAUAUGUUUGCACAGUUUUCUCAUUAUUAUUAUUUUAACAAAUAUUUUUACAUUGCUUGCUCAGCUAAAGUAACUUUUAGCUGAUUUAUAGAGAAAAUUCGCUUUGUUAUUUUAACAAAUAUAUGUAUCCCGCUAAACUGUUUUUUUAGCUUUCUGCUAAGGUGCAUGUUGGCUGACAUUACGCUAAACUUGGUUUAGUUAUUUUAACAAAUAAGUUUAGACUGUUUUCUCAGCUGCCUGCUAAAGUUCAUGUUAGCUGACAGCAAGCUAAAUUUCGUUUUAUUAUUUUAACAAAUAUUUACUUCACUUGAAAACUAUUAAUCAAAACGAUGCCCAAUGGAAUCCGGCCAUUAGUUAUGUAUAAGAAGCAGUAUAUAUCUGAGCUAUCGAUCUGAUCGAUCUGAAUGCUGAAAUCGAUUGCCAUCUCUGAUAAGUACAAUAUAAACGAUGUAAUGCAAAUUAAAAAAAAUAAAAAACACACACACACACAUAUGAACAACUAUCAACACCUCCAAUACAUACCUAUAUCUACAAAAAAAAAAAAAAAUGAAGAAAAAACAUAUAAAAAAAUAGAGGGGCAAUACUUUAAACAGUUUUUCAGAAAAAAAACCCAAAUAGACUCACAGCAAAUAGAAUUCUAAGGCAGAAAAACACUCGGCGAACGCAAUUACUCAAUAAUAGAUGAUAAUGAUAUGGUUAUAUGGCAGACAUUUAUAGUUAUUGGUACUUGUAUACAAAAGAUGUACCUAGACGGGACCCACUCCAAAAA